CUCCAUUCACUGACCGGCCGUCGUCGCGAGUAGUCGCGAGUCUGUCCUGCUUUCUUCUGAACAUCGAUACCGUUCCAGGAUCUAACGGAAUAUCCCGGAAGUGCGGUUUAGACUUCGCCUGGCUCUUUGUGCGCGAACUUUUCUCGUACGAGCUAGUACGAAUCUUCGGCACUCCUAUCGGGAACGAUCGAUAUCGAUCGGUGGUUUGUAAUCAACGCCUAGAAUGUAUUUGUGAAAGCUAACUUGUUGGUCUAUCUUUCUUCUUCUCGCGUAUUUAUGUUGCGUGUGUGCGCGCACAUGCGUGCAUGAUUUGUGUACAUAGCAGUGUUUGUACGGAUUCGAGAAGGUCUUUGGACGCGAAAGGAUACGAUCGAUUGCGAUUCGUGGAACAAGAUAUGACCGUCGCCGGAAAGAGAUUCGUGGACUGUACCAUUUUGGAAACUGGAAGCAUUGCUGACGCAGAGGACUCUUCUUAUGACAGCGAUUACGAAGUCGAAGAUUUGAUUCCAUCCACGAAUGCUCAUUCGCCAGUGGAACUCCAGGUGUCCACUUCAAGCCACUCAGAUGUAUCUAGGACCAUCUCAGACACCUUAGCUGCAGAAUUUGCAGAAUAUGUCACAGUUCAAGGAAGUCCACCUAUUCAGAGUCCAGGCUACACAGCUCGAGUAGAGUUUGCGCUGAAGCUUGGUUAUACCGAACGAUUAGUCCAAACAGCUUUGCAGAAGUUGGGUCCGGAUCCAGAGCAAAAUGAGCUUUUAGCCGAAUUAAUAAAGCUCGGUGCUAAUAGUUCUCAAAAGUCAGUUGAUACUCCAGAGGAGUCGGAAAAUGUUCUAGAUAUUGAUGUAGUGACAGAUGUGAGCAGUGGAUGCUCUACUAGUCUCAGACCCGUCGUUAUCGAUGGAAGCAACGUGGCGAUGAGCCAUGGGAACAAAGAAGUAUUUUCUUGUAGAGGAAUUAAAAUUUGCGUAGACUGGUUUAAAGCAAGAGGACAUGAAGAAAUUACUGUGUUCGUACCAAAGUGGAGGAAAGAGGCUUCUAAAAUUGAUAAUCCAAUCGCUGAUCAGGAAAUUCUAGGAGAGUUAGAAAGGGACCGUUUAUUAGUUUUCACGCCAUCUCGAUUAGUUGGCGGUAAGAGAUUAGUUUGUUACGAUGAUCGGUAUAUCCUAAAAUUAGCAGCAGAAAUUGAUGGUAUCGUCGUCAGCAACGAUAACUAUAGAGAUUUGGCACAGGAGAAUCCAGAAUUUCGGAAAGUCAUAGAAGAGAGGAUUUUAAUGUACACUUUCGUAAAUGAUCGUUUUAUGCCACCAGAUGAUCCAUUAGGCAGAAGCGGACCGACUUUGGAGAAUUUCUUGCGGAUUAUCCCAAAAAAGUCUGAUCCAGCCCCACCUUGUCCGUAUGCAAAAAAAUGUACUUAUGGAAAUAAAUGUAAAUUUCGACAUCCAGAAAGAGGUCCUCACCCUCAAAAGUCAGUUACAGAGAAAUUAGUUGAACAUGUACAAAAGCAUCUUCAAACAAGAGGUGUAAGUUCGAGCUCUGUUAUAUCAAAUAGCGUACCUUCCAAAAUACCUCAGCAUCAACCAUUGUGUAAGACCAGAUCGACGAUAACCGCUAGCGCCCAAUCAUUGCAUUCGGUUAUAAAAAGUAAAUCUGUAGAAAAUGUUACAGUCGAGCAACCAAUAAACCCUGGCACGCAUGGAUCUCAAGUACCCUCGACUACAAGUUCUCAGGGUUAUCAUUCUUCCAUGUGGUCAGCAGGAAGAUUAAAUAAACCAGAGGUAGAACUACAAAAUCCUCAUAGAAAACUUCAAAGGCAAUUAACAUUGAAUCCAGUCUGUGAUCCUCGACUUUGCCGAUUGCGGCAAUAUCAGCAAUCAUCUCAAACAAAGUCGGUAUCACAAUCAGCUAGUUCAGUAUCUUCUAUCACAACUUCUAGAUCGCAACAUAGACCAUUAACUAGACAUUCGAGUAACGAAUCACCUUACAGAGCUCCCAUGAAUUGGGAUCAUUCGGAAGCACGACAAUGUCAUCAACAUGUAACCCGUAUUGCUUCGGCGCCAGAUUCUUAUCAAGCUUGGCCACCAAAUAAUUCAAGCAUGAGCGCAUCGUCAGGAUCAAAUCCACGAUUGGGUGCCUCAGACCCACAAUUGAAUCCUGUUGCAUCUUCUUUGUACUCGAACAUGCCUUCGGACGUAUUGAAAGAAUUUCUGGACACUAGAACAAAGAUACAUUAUCAUUUGGCGAAUAUUUUUCCUGAAGAACAUGUAAGGGCUGCUAUGCUCAUUCACCCGUUUGAAACAGAUCCAAUAGAAAUCUGCAUUGCUGUUCUAAAGAUGUAUCCCCAAUAAUGGAAUACAAUAGUAACAAGAAAAAAUAAAUGGGAAGCAAAGUCACGAACAAUGUGGAAAGUCAGCGUUAGCUACAAUGUAAAGAUCAAGACUCAGCGGUGAAAAGAAGAUGCUAUUAUUAACCUUGUCGCUAUGAGCGGCUACUUUUGUGGAUGUUUAUCAAGGCUACCAUUGCAAAUGGUCACUAUACUACAUAGCCGCAACGUAUAGUAACUUUUGCUUUCAAAUGACAAAAUUGGAACUGUCAAUUCUCUCUGGAACGACUCAGGUAGCAAUAUUUAUAGAGUUGUUCCAUAGCCAGGGUCACAUCAUCUAAAGAAAUGCGUCUUGACUGCUCUGAGAACACGUUCAAAUAUUCCUGCAUGAUUUUCGUGGGAUCAUCCUCAUCACUCAACAGCAACUUGCUUUGAGAUGUUGGAAUUUGGCAUUGCUAAUGGGAAACUAGAACUCGCAAUGGAAGCUUGUUUAGGAAGCACGUACAGGCAUUACAGUCUGAAUAAAAAUUAACCUAAAAUUGGUCCGGAACGGAACGUCUUCGCGGUAUAAAACCUAUCAUUUGAAAGCAGAAAUUACUGUAUUCGUCUCGCGCAAACAUCCGGCGCGCUGGUAAGGCGAGGAUAUAAAUUAUUGUAUCGUAACGGUAUCCAUUUAUCUGUUGCCAUGGCAAACAAAAUAAAGUCGUCGUCUAAUAUGGAUCUGUUGCUUAACUUUAUUAACUUUGUAUUUUUUUUUACGUUUUUUUUUUAUAUUAUUUGCGUACGAGCAUUAUGAUUUUAUUUUAUAUCGUUUGAUCAUGUUUCUAGUUUAUUUUUUGUUAAUAAAUGUACAUUUGAAGUGAA